CCUGGCUCCUCCGGGGGUCAGCGGUGCGCAGGCGCGGAGACAAGUCCCACUGGGCCGCAGCCGGUGGCCGGCUAGCCGUGGGCCAUCGCCCGGCCCUCCCUGCACCGUACCCCUGACUCUGCCGAGACCGGCGGACCCGCGGAGCCGCGGCGGCAGGAUGGCGCAGACAGCCAUGUCUGAGACCUACGAUUUCUUGUUUAAAUUCUUGGUUAUCGGAAAUGCGGGAACUGGCAAAUCUUGCUUACUUCAUCAGUUCAUUGAAAAAAAAUUCAAAGAUGACUCAAAUCAUACCAUAGGAGUGGAGUUUGGCUCAAAGAUAAUAAAUGUUGGUGGCAAAUAUGUAAAGUUACAGAUAUGGGACACGGCCGGACAGGAGCGAUUCAGGUCUGUGACAAGAAGCUACUACAGAGGUGCGGCUGGGGCACUCCUUGUCUACGACAUCACCAGCCGAGAAACCUACAAUGCGCUUACUAAUUGGUUAACAGAUGCCAGAAUGCUGGCGAGUCAGAACAUUGUAAUCAUCCUCUGCGGCAACAAGAAGGACCUGGACGCUGACCGUGAAGUCACCUUCCUUGAAGCCUCCAGGUUCGCACAAGAAAACGAGCUGAUGUUCCUGGAAACAAGUGCACUGACUGGCGAGAACGUUGAAGAGGCUUUCGUGCAGUGUGCGAGGAAAAUACUUAACAAAAUUGAGUCAGGUGAACUGGACCCCGAGAGAAUGGGCUCUGGCAUCCAGUAUGGAGAUGCUGCCCUGAGACAGCUGCGGUCACCACGGCGCACACAGGCCCCAAGCGUGCAGGAGUGUGGCUGCUAGGCACCCCAGGAACAGGUUCGAUGGUGAUUUCUGGGACACACCGCUGCUGGAGCUUGAAGAGGCUGGAGUUUUUUACUACCAUCUUUUUCUACUCUGCACAGACGUAGAUCUUCAUGGGAAAACAGUGCACGCUGGCAGACAGGGUCCAACAGAUGUACUGCAAACCUAACUCAGCAGACAGUUCCUUUAAAUGUCACAUGUAUGCAGAUCCCCACCCCACAUCCAACCCUCAUGUUCCAUUAAGUCACAAUGUGUGCUGCACACAGCCUGGCACGUUCCCACAGCACAGAGCCAGUGUGACAUCACAGAGCCUUGCACUCAGUGAAGCUUAACUUUUUUACUCAGAGGAAAUGCAGUUGGUGAACAGGAAUGGGCUUUUCUCCUAGUAUUGGUUGCACACAUGACCCGAGAUGGAAGGACUCUGGCAGUAACAGCCAGUGUGAUAAUUGCUGUCACCCUUUCCACACCUAAAAUGCUAGACCCAUAGGACUCACUAACAUCCAGAAAUAAAAUGAAUCCUAGUUUCUCCUGCACGGCACACUGUCCUGCUGUGUGGACUGUAAGACACUUUGCUGGGGUCAGUGUGAAAGCUGCUGUGGGCCCAUGGUCAAUCCGUCCUCCCUGCUUACCUCCAUGUCCCCCUCAGCCUCAGCUGUCUCCCUGCUAGAAGACCCUUUGUUCACUUGCUUUUCCUGGAAUUCAGUAUAAGGGCAGCACUGCCUGUUUCAAAUCUUAAA